CGCGAGGACCCCUGCCCCCGGAGGCAUGCGGCUGCAUAGCCUCAGGACCGCUUUUGCGGUCAGGAGGCCCGGGGCGCUUCCCUGAUGGUGAGGGUGUCCUGCUGCGAGGCUUUGCACCCCUCACCCCCAAGCCACGGUCUCAGGUGGGCACUUCGCUGAGGGCCCGGCUGCUUCAGUUUGUGGUGCCGGUGGACGCAAAGCAGCGGAUUGGAAUCAGUGAUCGAAUCUGAAUUCUAAAAGAGCCAUGGACCAAGGGGCUGGGCAGCAGCCCCUGUCCGGAGAGCAGCUGGAGUCGCGGGGCCCGUUAAGAGCUGUCCACGGGAAAUGCGAGUCGGAGACCUUCAGGUCCAAGAGUUUACCAGUCUUGAACAGCGCCUCCUGCCGACCGAGCCGCAGUCCUGCGAGUAUAGACGCCAAGGCUUCCUCAGUUUAUACGGAUUCGUUGGGCUACCAAGAGUGGAAGCCAGUCCCAAACGCCUUGGCUCCCAGCCCCUCCGCCCCGUCUACUUCAGCAGGAGUGGUGGGUCUUGUGGACUGUGCUUACAGGACAGAUGUCGGCAAACCCGUCUCCGUGUCCUCCACCCUGGCCACGCUCCAGGAAAGAAAAUGUCUCUACGUGGUCCUCACAGAUUCCCGCUGCUUCCUGGUCUGUAUGUGCUUUCUGACCUUCAUCCAGGCGUUAAUGGUCUCCGGCUACCUGAGCAGUGUCAUCACCACCAUAGAAAGGCGCUACAGUCUGAAAAGUUCCGAGUCUGGGCUGCUGGUCAGCUGCUUCGACAUCGGGAACCUGGUGGUGGUGGUGUUUGUCAGCUACUUCGGCGGCCGGGGUCGGAGGCCCCUGUGGCUGGCCGUGGGCGGGCUGCUCAUCGCCGUCGGGGCCGCCCUUUUUGCCUUACCUCACUUCAUCUCGCCUCCCUACCAGAUCCAAGAGCUGAACGCCUCGGCCACCAACGAUGGCCUGUGUCAGAAUGGCAACUCCACUCCCAUUCUGGAACCUCCUCCCUGUCUCAAGGACUCGGGAGGAAAUAACCACUGGAUCUACGUGGCGUUAUUCGUUUGUGCACAGAUUCUCAUUGGAAUGGGCUCCACACCUAUUUAUACCCUGGGACCAACUUAUUUAGACGACAAUGUCAAGAAAGAAAACGCAUCCUUGUAUCUAGCCAUCAUGUAUGUCAUGGGAGCACUUGGCCCUGCGGUGGGAUAUCUGCUAGGUGGACUUCUUAUUGGUUUUUACGUUGAUCCCAGAAACCCUGUUCACCUCGACCAGAGUGAUCCUCGUUUCAUCGGAAACUGGUGGAGUGGAUUCCUCCUUUGUGCCAUUGCAAUGUUUCUUGUGAUAUUCCCAAUGUUUACUUUUCCAAAAAAGCUUCCACCUCGACACAAGAAAAAGAAAAGAAAAAAAUUUUCUGCUGAUGUUGUUGGCGAUGAUGAUGUUAUCAAAGAGAAGUCAAGUACCAGUGAACAAGUGGACAAGAAAGUGUCAUCUAUGGGAUUUGGGAAGAAUGUCCGAGACCUACCAAGAGCAGCUGUCAGGAUCUUAAGCAACAUGACAUUCCUUUUUGUGAGUUUGUCAUACACAGCUGAGAGUGCCAUUGUAACUGCUUUCAUUACCUUCAUUCCCAAGUUCAUCGAGUCCCAGUUUGGUAUCCCAGCUUCCAAUGCCAGCAUCUACACUGGUGUUAUCAUUGUCCCCAGUGCUGGUGUGGGCAUUGUGCUAGGAGGCUACAUUAUUAAAAAGCUGAAACUUGGUGCCCGGGAAUCUGCAAAACUUGCCAUGAUCUGCAGUGGCGUGUCCUUAUUGUGUUUCUCAACCCUGUUCAUUGUUGGAUGUGAAAGUAUUAACCUAGGAGGCAUAAACAUCCCCUAUACCACAGGACCUUCCCUCACCAUGCCCCACAGGAAUCUGACAGGAAGUUGUAAUGUGAACUGUGGCUGUAAAAUACAUGAGUAUGAGCCAGUCUGUGGAUCCGAUGGAAUCACAUAUUUUAAUCCGUGUCUGGCUGGCUGUGUUAAUAGUGGUAAUCUCAGCACCGGGAUCCGGAAUUACACAGAAUGCACCUGUGUCCAAAGCCGACAAGUGAUCACUCCACCCACCGUGGGACAACGCGGUCAGCUCCGUGUGGUUAUUGUCAAAACCUAUCUCAAUGAAAAUGGCUAUGCUGUGUCUGGAAAGUGUAAACGCACCUGCAAUACCCUUAUCCCCUUCUUAGUUUUCCUUUUUAUAGUCACCUUCAUCACAGCGUGUGCCCAGCCAUCAGCCAUCAUAGUAACACUCAGAUCUGUGGAAGAUGAUGAGAGACCUUUUGCACUGGGAAUGCAGUUUGUUUUGUUGCGGACACUUGCGUACAUUCCUACUCCCAUUUACUUUGGCGCAGUCAUCGACACCACCUGUAUGCUCUGGCAGCAGGAAUGCGGGGUGCAGGGAUCUUGCUGGGAGUACAACGUGACAUCGUUUCGUUUCGUCUAUUUUGGUUUGGCGGCUGGCCUCAAAUUUGUCGGCUUCAUCUUUAUUUUUCUCGCCUGGUACUCCAUCAAGUACAAGGAGGAGGAGCGACAGAGGCCGAGGCGCCGGGAGCGCCCGCUGAGCACUGUGAGUGAGCUGGUGGGCCAGCCGGACAGUGCAGAGAAAGAGGCCCGGACGAGAUCGUGUCCUGCUUUCAGCAUCCUGGGAGAACUCAACGAAGAGGCAGCUCUGCAACGAGGCAUCCCCUACACAGCACAGACCUAUCCGGGACCCUUCCCGGAAGCAAUAAGCUCCUGUGUAGACCCGGGGCUCGGAGCCAGGCCUGCUGCAUUGUAGCUCCCUCUGAAAGCUUGGAAAUGAAGACUUUGGUUUUGUUGGUUGAGUUGAACAUGGCGACUUGAGAAACACCCGUGCCUUCUUCUCUUUCUUUUUUAACCUCUACAGACACAAUCCUCAAACCAACAAAACAAUGUAGCUCACCCAUUAAUGAUGGAGGGCUACAUACCUCAUCAAGACCAUCAGCCUCUGGCUCUUCUCCGAGGAGGAGGAAUUGAGCUAAAAUUGGUUAGCAUUUCUGCUCUGUCAGCCUGAUGCGCAUGCUCCAGUAGGGUAUAAGGCUGAGGUUCAUGGUUAACCUACUCAAAGAAGGAUAAUGAUGGUGUGUUUCCUUAGCAUACACUCCUAGGGUGAACUUGACCAUGAUUUUUACCAAUCCAAGUUUUUAGAUAUGAACACCUACUGUGAGUUCUGCUACAAAGCACAAAUGAACUUGCCUCAACUAUGCAAUUUGAUCAGAAAUAUGUCAGGUCA